CUGAUGAUAUAAUUCCUCACGGUUCCGAGGCAAGGGCCCACUGUGGAUACAUCUGUGUGCUGCAUGCCAUCCUUUCUUGCGAUAUAUAUAUCCACGAACUCUUCCCCUCCAUGGACGUCCCACUAGAUGGUUUUCUCGUUCUCUCCUUCUUCACCCUCUCUUUUCCCUAGCCGUUCAGUGGAUGGGCUGCAAGCGAUAAGACCAGAACCAAGACCUUCAAACCACCCGACAGGCGGAAUAGGACCGUCAUCUGGUGAUCGUCUGGUGAUCUGUAGCCCUUGGCGCCGUCUACGCUCUCCAGCGACGAAUGAGACUCGUCUGUUCUCGCCGGAUCCCGCUUGUUCUUGUCGCAUUAUUGGGACUUGGUUUCAAAUCGCCGUGAGCAUUGGCGCCCUGUCUCAGCUUGUUUCCCCGUGUUUGGGGCUGAACGCAUGGUUUGAUUCUCCAUUUUUGUUUUUUUUUUUUCCUGGGCCCAUCGAGAUCUCGAUAUUCAUUCCCUGUUCGAGAACAGGGAUCUAGGAUCGGGGCGCUUGUCAGUAUCAAAUAGGAAAAAAGAAAGGGAGGGGCGAGAAAGAAGGAAAUCAAAUAAAACGACGGGGACUGAUCGCAUACCUUCUGUCCUACAUUCCUUUGGUGCAACUGUUUGGCCGGCCCUCCCUUGAUAUGCCUCGAUUGCUGGCCCCCCUCCAAAC